CGGGGGUUAAAAGCCUUUGUUUGAAUAAGAACUCAGUGCGGUCGCGGGGCUUCUCAGUUUGUUCGGCAUUUUUGGUGGAUUCGUCGUACUUUUCAGUCAGUUUCGUUUUACAUUUUGAAGGAAAUUACUUCAUGUGUUAUCCGCAAUGAGGCUGCUUUUGGUUUAUUUGCUUUCAUUCGGACUGGCGACUGGUGACAGAAGUUCUCUCAACGAAUUCCAGCGCUCUGAAGGCAGAGAGUUGGUUCCGACAGCCUGGAAUUCAGCUCGAGUGUUGCAGUUACCGGGUCACAGCCUGGACGACUGCGCGAGUCGCUGUGCGCAAUCUCUGGACUGCAGAGCCUUCAACUAUGAGACUCGGCCUAACGUCAUGUGUAAACACCUGCCCUGGGUGGGCGAUGGCAGCAACGCUCAGGUCAAGAGGAACGUCAACUGCGACCUUUAUGAGAAAAAAGUCUAUGUCAGGAAGUGCAUCAUGGGCAAAGGGGAGGACUACAGAGGAAAGGUCUUCACCACCAUGAGUGGACUCACCUGUCAGCAGUGGUGGUCCAAGUUCCCUCACGAUCACAGGUGGACACCCACCGCCACCAACGGCCUGGAGUUGAACUACUGCAGGAAUCCUGAUGGAGAUCGUAUCGGACCCUGGUGUUAUACCACCGACCCGGAGCGUCGCUAUGAAAGCUGCAACAUACCUCAGUGCAAAGACGAGGUGUGUAUCACCUGUAAUGGUGAGGACUACAGGGGCCAGGUGGACCACACGGUCAGCGGUCGAGAGUGCCAGCGCUGGGAUCAGCAGUCCCCACACCAACACAUCUACCAGCCAGAGAAAUAUCCAGACAAGAGUUUGGAUGACAACUACUGUCGCAACCCUGACGCCUCUCCGGUUCCCUGGUGCUACACCACCGACCCGGAGGUGGAGAGAGAAAGCUGCGAGAUCAGCAAGUGCACUGAGGCACGUGUGGAGAACAGACAGCGUCCCAGCUUCACCACCAAAUGUUUCAGAGGUCGAGGCGAAGAUUACCGUGGCAAGGUCAAUGAGACUCCGUCGGGUAUCCCCUGCCAGAGAUGGGAUGCCCAGUAUCCUCACGAGCAUCCCUUCUACCCAAAUACAUAUGAAUGCAAGGGACUGGAGGAUAACUAUUGCCGUAACCCAGACGGGUCUGAGGCUCCCUGGUGCUUCACGUCCUUGCCAGAGAUGAGAACUGCUCUUUGUUUGCAGAUCAAACGAUGUGCAGAUGACAUCGAGGCUGAAGAUUGCUACCAUGAAAAUGGGAAAAACUACCGUGGCAUGGUUCGCAAGACCCGUAAAGGCAUCACCUGCCAGAAGUGGAACGUCAACACACCUCACCGCACCAGAAUCAACCCCCGGACACACCCUGAAGCCAAUCUCACAGAGAACUACUGCCGUAACCCAGACGGGGAUCAGCACGGACCCUGGUGCUACACCACCGACCCCAAGACUGAGUUCGACUACUGCGCCAUCAAGCAGUGCGCUGGAGAGAAAGUCUCCAUGACGGAGCCAGUGGAAAAUGUGGAGUUCAGCGAGUGUGGGAAAAGAGACGACCGCUCGCCGACGACCAGGCUGCGGAUCAUCAACGGCAUUCCUGGGAACUCACCGUGGACAGUGAGCCUCAGAGACCGGAAGGGGAACCAUUUCUGUGGCGGAUCACUGGUCAACCCCAGAUGGGUCAUCAGCACCAAACAGUGCUUCUCCUCCUGCUACGUCGACCUCCCCGGCUACUCCGCCAUGUUGGGAACUCUCUUCCGGGAUCCGCAGGAAGGCGAGCCUGGAGUUCAGUCCAUCCCUCUGACCAAGAUUGUCUGUGGACCGUCUGAGUCACAGCUGGUCAUGCUGCAACUGGAAAGUCCGGCUCAGUUCAACGAGCGAGUCUCUCAGAUUUGUCUUCCUCCCGAGCGCUACAUCGUUGCUGAGCAUACCAGGUGUGAGAUUGCAGGAUGGGGUGAGACAAAAGGUACCGGAGACGAGUCCGUCCUCAACGUGGCCCACGUGCCGGUGAUGAGCAACAGGGAGUGCAACAAGUACUUCCGAGGUCGCGUUCGUGAAAACGAAAUGUGCACCGGCUCGUUCCAGGGCGGCGUGGGAGCCUGCGAGAGAGACUACGGUGGCCCACUAGCUUGCCAGAACCUGGACUGCUGGGUCCUGGAAGGGGUGAUCAUUCCCAUGAGACGGUGCGGCCACCCGGGGCAGCCCAACAUCUUCAUCCGGGUCUCUGUGUACGUGGACUGGAUCAAGAAAGUCAUGGAAAUGGCCUAGAGACGCAUCCGACUUUUCAAAGAACAUAGCACCCAUAUAAGCAUGUUGACUAUGAUUAACAUUAGUGAGGAGCUUAAACUGUUUAGUUAAGAUGUUAGUGAUCACAAAGGGUCGUGGAGAACAACAGGAAAUUGUCAGUUACAGUGUCAGUUGUGGGGAUUGACUGUUACGGCUCGCCCUGUUGCUGAGCUCCUGAAUACCCCAACCCUCUAAAGAAGCCCCUCCCCUGCCUGUCUUUUGAUGCCGGCCCCCACCUCUAAAGACAUGCCUUUGUGCCUUACGCAGAACUGUAUGCGCUGCACAUUCUUUCCAGUUCUAUAGGAGGAUUUUUGUAACCCGCUCCUGAUGAGCCCACGGAAUUCAGCUUAAACAAACCUCAAGAUCGUAGUCCGGCGGAACCUCGGAGCCGCCGGCCUGCAGAGUCUGACUCAACUGAAGUCAAGCGCCUUCUUCACGCCAGACCCCUCUUUUACAUAUGGUCUUCUGUUAUGACAAUCAAAAGGUAGUGACACAUUCAUGAAGCGAGAUAAGCAGAAAGAUUUAUGCAUCUACUUCCAGCCAGUAAAUGUCAGAGCUGGUGACUGUUGUUUUGAUGCGCGUGAUCAACAUGGGGAAGCAAGCAUUUCUAAUAAACACUGCUGCUACAA